UUAAAGAAAGAAGACAUCGUGAUACAAAAUUUACAGUUCAUAACAUCGAUGAUCCUUUGUCUUAAAGGCAAUAUGUCUAGCAGUGAUGAGAGAUGUGUCGAACGUAGGGUCUCGUCCACACUUUGCGGAAACAACCCUGAUCUGGAAGGACAGACGUCAACAGAUUCUUGUGAGAAACCUUUCCAAUGUGGGAUGUGCUUCGAGUGUUUCUCUUACAAGUGUCACAUUAUGCAGCAUAUGUUAAUGCACACUGGAGUUAAGGCUUUUAAAUGUGAAAUGUGUUUGAAAUGCUUCUCAAAGAGAUCGCAUUUAAAAAUACAUAUGAUGUUGAUUCACUCUAGAGAUGGGCCUUACAAAUGUGAGGUCUGUGCAAAGUGUUACUGUGACACUUCCAGUUUGAAACAGCAUAUGCUGGUUCACACUGGAGUUAAGGAUUUUAAAUGUGAGGUGUGUGCAAAAUGUUUUUUACUCAGUUCCAACUUCAAAAAACAUAUGUUGAUUCACACUGGUGUUAGCUCCUUUAAAUGCGAAGUCUGUGAAAAAUGUUUCUGUGGCAGUAGCGAUUUUAAGAAACAUAUGCUGCUUCACACUUCAGUUAAGAAUUUCAAAUGUGAAGUGUGUGAAAAAAAAUUCACACGACUAUCCUACGUGAAACGACAUAUGAUCAUUCACACUGGAGUUGGACUGUACAAAUGUGAGGUCUGUGCAAAAUGUUUCCAUGACACUUCCAGUUUGAAACAGCAUAUGCCGAUACACACCAGAGUCAAGGAUUUUAAAUGUGAGGUCUGUGAUAAAUGUUUCUCACAUAAGUCAGAGUUGAAACGACAUAUGUUCGUUCAUGCUAGUGAUUGCCCUUUCACAUGUGAGGUGUGUGCAAAACGUUUCUGUGGUAAUUCCAGAUUGAAAACUCACAUGUUGAUUCACACUGGCGUCAAGUCCUACAAAUGUGACACGUGUGCAAAAUCAUUUUCUCGACGCCCCACCUUGAAACAGCAUAUGUUGUGUCACACUCGAGUUAAGGAGUUCACAUGUGACGUGUGUGCAAAUGGUUUCUUGCGCAAAAACGAGUUGAAAAGACAUAUGUUUAUCCACACCGGUGUUAGUCCUUUCAAGUGUGACUUCUGUGCAAAAUGUUUCCGUGAUAGGUACAAAGUAGAACAACAUAUGAAGACCCACACAGGUGUUAAGUCUUUUGAAUGUGAUGUGUGUGCAAAACGUUUCUCGAGGAGCUCCCAUGUGAAACAACAUAUGAACACCCACUCAGGUGUUAAGUCUUUUGAAUGUGAUGUGUGUGCAAAAUGUUUUACACGGAGACCGAACUUGAAAAAACAUAUGCUAGUUCACACAGGCGUCAAGUCUUUCAAAUGUGAGUUGUGCAAAAAAUGUUUCUCACAAAAUUCUCAACUUAAAAAACACAUGGCCAUUCACACUGACGUUAGGUCUUUUUCAAUGUGAGGUAUGUGAAAAAUGUUUCUCAUAUGAUACCACUUUGAAACAACAUAUGCUGAUUCACACUGGAGUUAAGAAUUUCAAAUGUGAGGUGUGCAAAAAGUGUUUCGCACGCAAUGUCAUCUUGAAACAACAUAUGUUAAU